UCACCUUUCACACACCCUCGACUUUACCAAGGCUAUCCAAUACCACACCCAAUCUCCAACAUGUUCUCGACCGUCGCAGGCAACAGUCUGCUUUACAAGGGCGCCGCCCUGUAUGCAACAACCACCGCCUUCGCCGCAUUCUGGCUGACCGUCAGACAACCAAUCCAAGCUGGCAAGGAGGGCCCGUACAACGUGCACCGCGUCCUUAGACAGGGCCGACGUAUCCCAUGGCGUCGUCUUCCGAAAGCGCUCUAAUGAAGACCGCCUUAAUCACUGGCGGUGCCAGUGGCAUGGGCCUUGAAGUUGCUAAGGCCCUUGCGAAUCGAGGAGAUUGGCAUGUACAUCUCCUCGAUCUUAAUGCCGACCGGGGACACGAAGCAGUGACCACCAUUGGCAAUGACAAAGCAACAUUUCACGAAACAAACGUACUGGACUACGACUCUCUCGCGAACACAUUUCAGAAAGCAUACGACUCCUCGAGCAGGCUCGACUUUGUGUUUGCCAACGCUGGCAUAGUUGAGAGGUUCAACUUCUACGAAUCGCAUCCGAGCGGCACACCGCCACCUCCACCAGACCAACUAGUCAUUGACCUCAAUCUAAAAUCAGUCAUCAACACAGUCUGGCUCUCGCAGCACUACUUCCGUCAAUCAGCCCAGAGUGAUGACAAGAAUCUCAUCAUCACUGCGAGCGUCGGUGCCAUCUAUCGCUGCCAGGUUUCCCCAUCGUAUUGCGCCUCCAAACAUGGCGUACUAGGACUGAUGCGAAGUAUUGCUCCACACUUCUACAAGUACGAUGGCAUUAGGGUAAACGCUAUAUGCCCAGCAUCGGUGAAGACCAAUCUCCUGGACUCGACGGCAUGGAACACCUUCCCAGAUGACGUGUUUGUACCGAUUGAGAAGGUUGUCGAAGCAUGCCUACUCCUCAUCGAUGGCAAAGACAGUGAAGGCAAGCUGCUGGAGCCUGAGUCGCGUCAUGAAUCCACCGGUGAGGCGACAGGUGGCGUGACAGCUGAUCACAAGUUGUUUGGGCAUGCGGUGGAGCUCUCUGGGCUGAAGAUGUAUCAUCGUAGACAACCUGAUUAUGCUGAUGCCCAUCUUGCUCGGUGCAUGAAAGCGACUGAGCGAGACACAUAUCUCGAAUAACAUGUUGCUGGUCC